AUAUCACUGCUGGCUUAACCCAGAUUUUAUCUGGAGCUUCAUGGGACCUGUCUGUGCGCUAAUUGUGGUCAACCUAGUGUUUUUCUGUCUUAUUCUGAAGAAUUUGCAUGAAAAACUGGCCUCUCUCAAUUCAGAGAUAUCUUCAGUCAGAAAUACCAGGUCACUGAUAUUUAAGGCCAUAGCCCAUGUGUUCAUCCUGGGUGUGACUUGGUGUUUUGGCCUCUUUCAACAUGGCAUUUUGCAGGACGUUAUGGCAUACCUGUUCACCAUCACCAACAGCGUGCAAGGAAUCUUCAUCUUCCUGGUACACUGCUUACUCAACCAAAAGGUGAGAGAAGCUUACUGGCGUUGGAUUUGCUGUAUCAAAGACAUCAAACCUCCUGUUUCUGAAAUGACUGUGACCUCCAUCAGUAAUCCUUUGGCAAAUGCAUCAAGUGCUAAUGCAGUGGAUAACCAGAAGGUGGGAUGGGCAGAAGAACCCUAGCACAGUGUCUCUCCUUUGGACUCUUUGUUGAGUUUGAAGAAAACUGAAGAAAAUUGGAAUAUAUUCAGCCAUUUUUUAACUCUUUCUUUUCUUGUUGAUAUCUGGAGCCCCACUGGCUCCAGAAUAUAGUAAGGCACUUUUUUUUCAACCCACUCCCUGUUCUAACCCACUUAACCAGGAAUGUGGUGGUUAAAGAAAAUAUACAGGGGGCAGCUCCCCUGCUUGCCACUAGCUAGAAUAUGACUACUUGAACCUAUCCAGUGGGGAGCCAACCGUCUUUCCAAGCAAUUGGGUCAACUACUCUUAAUGAGAAGAAGGAAGUUUUCUCACAACAUUCCACUGGAAUUUGCCUUUCUGUAACUUAUAGAUGCAUGAUUCCUUUCUCCAUGCUCUGGGAAAAGAGAGAAGAGGUCUUCACCUCCUUCUUUGUGGAAUCCUUGCAGGGAUUUAAAGAGUCCUAGAAUAACCCUCCGUUUUCUCUUCUCACUGCUAAAAAGUCCCAGUUCCUUCCACCUCUCUUCUUAGGAUUUUGGUUCCUGACUCAUAAUCAUCCUCAUUGCCCUUCUGUGACCCUGCUCCAUUUAUUUUGAAUCAUUCCUGAAUGUGGUGCCCCAAACUGGACACAGCGUUUCAGGUGGGGUCUGACCAAAGCAGAAUAAAGUGGAAUGAUUACUUCCUGUGAUUUGAGAAUCAUGAUGCAAUUUAAAAUUGCAUUUGUCUCAUGCAGCAGCCAUUUCACACUGCAAAAUCACAUUGAUCUUUUUCAUAAGUAUCAUUACCAAGCCACUCUCCUCCAUCCUAUUCUGCCCAUUUGAUCAUUCAAAUGCAUCUUGAUUAUUCUCUUUUUAAACAUGCGAAUAAAUGCGUUCAGUACAAAAAAGUGAAGACAACAUUUCAUACAAUCAAAGUCUUAAUUGUUGAUUGAAACCCUAUUGAAUAUAUUUUCCAAAGGGGAAGUCCACAAGUAUCUUCUUAGCUUCAUAUGAGUCAUGUUAAACAUUCCUCAGUAAAUCUCACUGGAAAUAUUUAUAGUACAGAAUUUCUUUCCUGUGUAAUCUAUCAUGUUUUCAUGAACUAACCUUGAAUAACAUCCAUAGGUAUCACUACAUUUUGCUAAAAUUGCACUGCAAAAGUUAUCUUUUUUCUAGAUUGUAUCAGUGGAGUUGUAAGUAAGUUAAUACAUGUUGCAUUACUUAAAAUGCAUUAUAAAUUACUUUUUACUUUUAAUUUUCAUAGGAAGUUUUUGAUAAAAUUGGUACUAUCAUCCAAUAAUUUUUCACAAUGAAUCCCGUUUAUUUCCAUAUUUCCUAAGGCAUAUAAGUUGAUGCAUCAUUAUAAACUGAUUCAACUCCAUUUGUUAACUGCCAAAUCCAUUACCUGGCAUUGAAUUUAAGCUAAUUAGUAGAAUAUAAAAGUAUGGGAAAUUGCUUUGACUAAAAAAUUAACAACAAAGAGCUUUGAUUACUCUAUAAUGAAGGAUGAAUUUAGAUCUUUUUCAUAUAUCAUCUAUAUUAUCAGUAUUUUUCUUAAUAGAUUGUCUUCUUGUGUAUUAAUAUCAUUGUGUAUAGAAUAUUGAAUAAAAUGGUUUUACUUCUCAGCUAGAUAAAUAGAUAAAUUAUGUUCUGCAAAUCAUUCAAAGAGGUACUUCACUUGUGAAAACAGUGUAAACACAGUGUCAUUCCUUGAACCAUCAAGAUGACUACAUUUUCCUCAAGAUUUGACUCCUUCCCAUGUUAUUGGUAUGCACAGAACACUCUUAUGCCAUGAUUUUCUUGGUUUUUGCAAGGAGCAUUACAUUGCUUAAGGCAUUGUCAAAAAUGAAGUGCCUCUUUGUGUGAUUUGUACUCUCCAUAAGUAAAAUUUAAAAAUUUUGCUCUGGGUUUUGUCCUUGAUUUUCUUUUUUUAACUAAUUGUUUUAAUAUUUGUUUUGCUCUAUAGUAAGAAUAAAUAUGUAAAAUGUAUUAAGUAGUUGAACUUAAUUAAUACUUUCACUGGCUGA